AUGGCUCCCUCUUCUUCCAAGGAGAAGCGUCUCGCUAAGAAGGCUGCCGAGGGCAAGCUCAAGGGCAAGAAGGGUGCCAAGAAGAACGAAGAGCCCGAGCUCGAUGCCAACGGCAACCCCAUCCAGGACGAUGCCCCCGCGACUUCAGGCGAUAAGCUCGACGAGGUGAAGCGUCUUGCCGAUCAGAUGGAUAAGCACGGUAUCUCUGACCGUGUCACCACCGGUGUCCUCGCUUCUACCCAGACCAGCAAGGACGUCAAGAUCACAAGUACCUCCCUGGUUUUCCACGGUCGUGUCCUUAUCACCGAUUCCACCCUCGAGCUCUCGUACGGUCGACGAUACGGUCUCCUCGGUGAGAACGGUUGCGGAAAGUCCACUUUCCUCAAGGCCAUCGCCGCUCGCGAGUACCCCAUCCCCGAGCAUCUCGAUAUCUACCUUCUCAACGAGGGUGCUCCCCCCAGCGACUUGGGUGCCCUUGAGUGGGUCGUCCGAGAGGCUGAGCUGGAGCUUGAGCGUCUCGACCAUCAGGCUGAGAAGCUCCUCGAGGAUGAGGGCCCUGAGAGCCCUGUUCUCCUCGAUCUCUACGAGGCAACUAACAUCCUACAGCACAUGGACAAGCUUGACCCCUCAACCUUUGCUACCCGUGCUUCCCUGAUCCUGACAGGUCUGGGGUUCAACAAGAAGACCAUCCACAAAAAGACCAAGGACAUGUCCGGUGGCUGGCGUAUGCGAGUCGCCCUUGCCAAGGCCCUCUUCGUCAAGCCCUCCGUUCUGCUUCUCGAUGACCCCACUGCCCAUUUGGAUUUGGAGGCUUGUGUGUGGCUCGAGGAGUACCUCAAGAAGUGGGAGCGAACUCUGGUUCUCGUCUCCCACUCUAUGGAUUUCCUGAACGGUGUAUGCUCCAGCAUGAUCGAUAUGCGUGGUAAGCAGCUCAUCUACUAUGGUGGUAACUACGACUCGUACAGCAAGACACGGUCUGAGAACGAGACCAACCAGAUGAAGGCCUACCAGAAGCAGCAGGACGAAAUUGUCCACAUCAAAAAGUUCAUUGCUAGCGCUGGUACCUACGCCAACUUGGUGCGACAAGCCAAGUCCCGACAGAAGAUUCUUGACAAGAUGGAGGCCGAUGGUUUCAUCCAGCCUGUCGAGCAGGACCGCGUCUUCUCUUUCCGUUUCGCCGAUGUUGACAAGCUUCCUCCUCCUGUCCUGUCUUUUGACAACGUUACUUUCUCCUACUCUGGCAACCCCGAGGACGACCUGUACCGCAACCUUGACCUCGGUUUCGAUAUGGACUCCCGAACUGCCCUUGUCGGACCCAACGGUGUUGGCAAAUCCACUCUGCUCCGUCUCAUGACUGGCAAGCUUUCUCCCACCGGUGGUGUUGUCACCCGACACACCCACUUGAAGCUUGGUCUCUACUCCCAGCACAGUGCUGAGCAACUUGACUUGACAAAGUCGGCUCUCGACUUCGUCCGUGACAAGUACAGUUCCAAGUCUCAGGACUACCAGUACUGGCGCCAGCAGCUCGGCAAGUACGGUCUCAGUGGUGAUUCCCAGACUGCCCUGAUGGGUACUCUGUCUGAGGGUCAGAAGAGUCGUAUCGUCUUCGCUCUGCUCGCCAUUGAGAGCCCCAACAUGUUGCUUCUUGACGAGCCUACCAACGGUCUGGAUAUCCCCACCAUUGACAGUUUGGCAGAUGCCAUCAACGCCUUUAGCGGAGGUGUUAUUGUCGUGUCCCACGACUUCCGACUGCUCGACAAGAUUGCCAAGCAGAUUCUUGUUUGUGAGAACCAGACUAUCCGCACAUGGGAUGGCUCUAUCUCGGAAUACAAGAACUACCUCCGAAAGAAGAUGAUCAACGCUGGUGCUGUCUAA